UGACUAUCGGUGUUUGCAAUGAUGUGACAAUAAAGAUACCUCCUUCCACUCUGAUAACUCUGGGAUUGUCUAUUACACACAGUGCUUCCCAAUAAUACACACGGAUCAAAGGAUCAAAACGCGCAAAAAAAGCAACGUCAAACCGCCGACCGUGGUCGGCGUCGUGGAAAUCGGUGCCAAAAGUCGACAGAAACAAGCCAUACGAGCCAGCCCCGCGAAAGUGUGUCAAAGAGGAACCGAAGGAAGUGAAACCGAGAGAGAUAGAGAAAGAGGAAAAAUAUAUAGACGCAGCGAGAAGGAUCAGACCGGAUAUCUUGAGGAACGGGGAGGACAGGACGGGCGGAUACGUGCUAAGGCGUGUCGAGCCGGAAACACGAACGGGCAUCACGAGUGCAGGGUGGUGGUGACGCAGGAAGGGUGGUGGUGGUGGUGGUGGCGGCGGGGCAGGCAGGUGGCGGGAUCUAAGCCGGAAUAAGAGCAGUUAGAAUGGGCAACAAGCUCUCCUGCAGUUGCGCACCCCUAAUCAGAUCAAAGACGUAUCGUUACGAGGACAGCCCAUGGCAGUCCAGUGUCAGGGCCGGGAUGAGCGGCGGCGCAGGACGCAGGGGUGAUAGUGGCCACUUGCUCAGGUGCGGAAGCUUAAGAGAGAGGAAGAGGCUUUGGGCCGAAGUGUUCCAUGUAAACGCGAGCGCCGCGGCUGCAAGUAAUACUAAAUGGCAGCAGGUGUCCGAGGAUUUGGUUCCGGUAAACAUUACUUGCAUUCAGGACUCGCCGGAAUGUGUCUUCCAUAUCACCGCGUACAAUAGCCAGGUCGAUAAGAUUCUAGACGUGCGGUUGGUCCAGCCAGGUACGCGCAUCGGCCAAGCGUCGGAAUGCUUUGUCUACUGGAAGGAUGCAGUGACAAGCGACACGUGGGGGCUGAACUUUACGUCUCCCAUAGACGCAAAGCAAUUCAGAGAAUGCUGCUCACCAUCGUUCAAGAUUUCAAGGAAAGCGUCCUCUUCUUACUCGUUGAAGCUCGAGCCACCGAACAAGCAGAAGAUCAAAACACGCCGAAAGCCGCUGUCGACACCAGCCUCACCGAGCCGAUCUAGGGAACCUCAGUGUACUUGCAUGACGGCGGAACAGUAUGCCCGACUGCGCUCUCAAGAUACCAGAUACCGAAGCGGACCGUCUACACUUCCACGGACUAUAGGGCGAUCCAUGGAAAUGGAUAUAACACCGGGACGAGACAAGAUAACAGCGGCCACAUCCAGCGCGUCUCUCUAUGACAACGUUAAUAAUAGUGCAACACCCGGGAAACCACCAAAGUUGAUGGUUGAUUUAUCCAAGCAGAAGGAGAAGCAGAACGAGAUGUCUCAGACGACUCCGAAGACUGCCAACAUUGGAAUCGGAACGGUCACAAUCGAGAGCCCCGAUGAGAAAAAAGGUUCCACGAUAUCACCGAAAAAACAUAAGCAAAACCAGGACAUGUCCACGCAGCAGAACGGCAUCGAGAUGCUGAAGUCAGAAGGCACCCAGGCCGGCGGCACUUUGCAGAUUAAAUCGUUGCGCAAGGAGCUCCACCACACCAAGUCGGCCGACUACACUGAACUGGAGAUGCAGAACGGCAAUCUAUUCAACAUUGUCAACAACAAUCACGGUCACAGAUCGAAGAGCAAGAGCACCGAUGAUAUGCGGAUUGAAAAUGCGCAGAACGGCGGCCUCAGUCUGGAUUCGAAUACCCUGAAACGUAUGCUAAAACCAAUGCCGAGUAUCGACAGCCCGGUGACGUCGCCGGAGAUGACGAGAAAACGUCACAGCCACCACAGCUAUCACUACCAUCCGAGCAAUAACAAUCAGAAGUACAUGAUGCAGGAGAUCGACAACGAGAAUUAUGCGCAUCCGUAUCGCGCGCCUUACAACAAUAAGUUCCAGAGUUCCAGGAGUUCCCACGACAUGAGUCGGCAAUACUCCGGCGGCAGAGGCAGGACGUACUUAGAUUCGGAACGUAAUCGGUGCACAGGUGACAUGUCGCCGCCCUCGGACAAUGUCAUCUUCGACAACCAGUGCUAUGCCACUACACCGAGUUCGUCGAACGGCAACUCCGACAUGGAGCAGUCAAACCACUGCAACUCCCGCCGCUGCAACGGUGGCCAGACAUAUCAGCAGAACAUGCAGUCAGUGUCGACACCGGGCAGUCCGACCAGCCGGUUGCUCCUCGAAUACGAAAUGCAUCUCAGGAACACUCUCGCCAAGGGCAUGGACGCAGAGAGCUAUAGCCUGCGCACGUUUGAGGCUCUGCUCACGCAGAGUAUGGAGAACUUGGAAUUUGCGGAAAACAUACCAUUGAAUGUUCAGCGCACGCCUCACGCUUCACGAAGACGUUCCAAUUCCAACAAGUCGUCGACCUUGCCACUGUCGUACCGCUACUGCAACGAAAGACAGAACAGCAAGGAUCGAGACGGCUAUUACAGCGAUCGCAACGAGAUGGUGAGAGAGAAGAGAGAACGAGACUCCGAUCGGGAUCGCGGUUAUCUCAGCGACUACAAUUCUAGAUGCGCCAGCUGCAUCGGGGAGUCCGCGCGCGCACAAUGGUUCCGGCAUUCUGACGGAUGGCAGUCGGGUAGCUCGACCUUCGGCUCCGGCGCUUCGAGUUCGAUAAAUCCAGGCUAUUCGGGACACAAAAGAGAAUCACCCUGGGAUUCUCUGCCGUCCCUGAGACACGAGGGCAGUCUCAACGACAGCGGUUAUAAGUCCAACCGGACUGACUCGCUCGAGCAAAGAGGUACUUUCGACAGACAGGACAGCGUCAGAUCUGACUACAUGUCCGACCGGGAUGGCAGAUACGGAAUCGUUCAACAAGCUUCAUUGGAGAGUACCGACUCGAGGCUCUGCUACUUGACGUCUUCCGAACUGGAGAGGAGCGAGGAUCAACGAAUGAUGGUAGAGCCGAGAUGGUCGAUCAAGUGUACGAAUAGCACCUUGGACUUGCUGGACCCGAGCGACGAUUACACGGAUCUGAAGACGCAGCAUCGACGACGUUGUUGGAAAUACUUUUGUUGGUGCCGCAGGCAUACGAUCAGCGUGAUAUGCAUUAACGAGUCACGCAAGCUGUACUGGUUCAACUGCCGGAACGUGCAGGAGAAGGUGACGUACGGCUCGGGCGAGGGGUAUUACCACAAAUUACUGCGGCUAGUGAACGGCGCGCUCAACACCUGGGCGCAACGCUACAUCGACGGCCUGAGCGUGGCACGUCGCGAGAUUAUGUUGAGGAUCAACGGCAGCGCGGAGAACAACAUGAAGCUGUUAAAGGAGGGCUGUUAUUGCCACUACCAUCCGCACAUGACGGCGGACGCGUGCAACGCCGACUUUCUCAGAAGAGUCGUAAGUUUCUGGGCCGACGAGAGCCUCAGGGGGAUACGCGAGAGGCUCCGCGGCAUGAUGAAUAUUACGAAAAAGAUGUCAGACGAUGAUAGGAUGUCUCUCACCACCGCCGUCAGCGAUGAUGACGACGGCGAGAGUGCUAUAAAUUCGCCCUAUCGGAAGCAGACCGGCACGGCUGCAGCUUCAUUCAAUUGCACCGGUGCGGUUCGGAAGGCAGGAUUUCUCAGUGUGAAGAAAUGGUUGCUGCGCAAGAAGCAUCAAAUCGAGCUGGCCAAGAAAAGAGGCUGGAGGGGUUAUUGGGUCUGCUUGAAGGGUACCACGCUUCUCUUUUAUCCUUGCGAUUCACAGGAAAGUAGGGCCAUGGAGGCAGCACCUAAACACUUGAUCAUCGUCGAUGGUGCGAUCAUGCAGCCGAUUCCCGAACAUCCUAAGAAGGAUUACAUAUUUUGUCUGAGCACCGCAUUCGGGGACGCCUAUCUAUUCCAGGCGCCGUGUCAAGUGGAGCUGGAGAACUGGGUGAAUAGUAUUCACUCGGCGUGCGCCGCCGCGUUCGCGCGUCAUCGCGGUAAAACUGGCACGCUGCACCUGCUGCAGGAAGAAAUUUUCCGUCUAGAAAAGGCGAUCGAAUCAGACCACAAGAUGAAGCAUAUGGCGGAUCUUCAGCAAUCAGUGGUUUCCGAUGUCGACACCAAACAGCAGAUCAACAAUCAAAUAGUGCAGUGGGAGGAGAAUCUGGAGCGGCUUCACUGCGAGCAGUUCCGCCUGCGGUGCUACAUGGCCAGUUUGCAAAGUGGUGAACUACCCAAUCCGAAGAGUCUACUAACGCAUGUGUCUCGCGCCACAAAGCAAACGUUAAACAAGCUGGGUGUGUUCACGGUGUCGUCCUUCCACGCGUUUAUAUGCGCGCGUAGCCCGUCCCUGCUGAAUAAUUUAUUGGCGGGUCGCGGAGCGACGAAGAGACGACCACCCCUGCUGUCGAGAUCGAAUAGCGGCUCCAGUAGGCGCUCGCUGCAGAUCUCGUCCAGGGAUGAGGAGAAGAGUGUGAAAGUGUCCGUGCCGGAAAAUCAGGUACGAUCGUCAGGACAUCGGCUGGUCUCGGUGUUCCUGCGUGAUGCUAUGACCGUGGAGGAGUUCCUAGCAAGUGCGUGCACCAGAAAGAAUCUCAAUCCGAUGGAGCACUUCGUGCGCGUCAAAAAGCGCCGGGAUAUGGAGGACCAUAAUUAUUUUGUGCCACAUAGGACUGAUUUGAUAGAAACUUAUUUGCAUACGCACGAAAUCGUGGAAGUCUGUGCCAAGAUUUUAUAUCAAGUGGAAUUGCAAAGAAACACUUUAGAACAAAUGUGGGGCUUCUCCGUCGAGGCGGAGCUCAUAGAAAACUCCGAUAGGCAAGAUGAGCUCUGCUGCUACGUUAGUAGAGUGGAAGACAAGAGUGUCGCCAUGCAAAACGGAAUCAUUAAGGGUGACGAGAUUAUGGUAAUCAACGGCGCCAUCGUGAGUGACCUGGAUAUGAUGUACUUAGAGAGUGUUCUACAGGAGGAGGUAGGUCUCUGUAUGAUGAUGCGAUCCUCCAGGACGGAGCCACCGGAUCUCACAGGCAUUAUGCGAGUUACCGAUGACAUAAUUGAGAGCCUGGUCUGCCCACCGCCGCCUACCGACCCGCCAGUAAUCAGCGAAGAAAUGAUUUCCGGUCUAAUUGUGCCGGCACCCGGAUGGAGCAAGGAGAAUAUUAUGCAAGAAUGCUCGUCAGCCAGUCACACGGAUAACAAGCAAAGCUCGCGCACAAAUUCCUUUGAGAUUGAGAAUCUUUUGAAAACUGCUGAGCAGGUGACAGUAAUUUGUCGUUCUCCAGGUGAGACCAGAAAGUCAAGUCCCACCGGAAGCGUAGUCAGUUCUCACUCACAGGCUCUCACACCGAGUCGGCAGCUAAGCGACGCUGAGAAACUGAAGAAAGUGAUUUUAGAACUGAUUGAAACUGAACGGACUUACGUAAAGAAUUUAAAUAAUUUGCUGGAGAACUAUUUGGAACCCCUUAAACGUGAAACCUUCUUGUCGAACGCGGAGAUCAACGCGCUGUUUGGUAAUAUUCAGGAAAUUGUCACGUUUCAACGACAGUUCCUGCAAAAUCUCGAUCACGCCAUCGAGAUGGAGGCCGAUUUCAACAGUUUUGACCAUCCGAGUCAAUUUAAGGGAGUCCUGUUUUCCAUUGGAAGUGCCUUCUUAUAUUACGUAAAUCACUUCAAACUAUACAGCUCGUUUUGCGCCAGUCAUUCGAAGGCUCAGAAAGUUUUACAUCCAAACGAAGGAAAUCAAGCUUUACAAGAGUUCCUGCAAGCGAGAAAUCCUCGACAGCAACACUCGUCGACCUUAGAAUCGUACUUAAUAAAACCUAUACAAAGAAUACUCAAGUAUCCGCUGCUGUUACAGCAGCUUAGGAAUCUCACCGAUGAACGAAGCGAAGAACACCAACACUUAAUCGAGGCGCUCAAAGGUAUGGAAAAGGUGGCGGAACACAUAAACGAGAUGCAGAGAAUUCAUGAAGAGUACGGCGCUAUUUUCGAUCACUUGUUUAGGCAACACCAAAAAUCCUGUAAACAGCCGAUUGACUUAAGUCCAGGCGAUCUUUUGUACUACGGCGGUGUUGAGUGGCUCAAUAUUUCCGACUUUCUCGGCAAGAUAAAGAAGGGUCUCGAGUUGCAUGCAAUGUGCUUCGUGUUUAAAUCAGCCGUUGUGUUCCUGUGCAAGGAGAGGUUGCGACAGAAAAAGAAGCUCAUGGGAGUUUCAACGAAGGCUAACUCAAGUGAGGUAGAGAUCAUCCGUUAUCAGGUGCUAAUCCCGGUGACAGAAGUCCAGGUCAGGGCCAGUUCCGCCAAGGAUAUGGAAUCCCACUUCUUGUGGGAAUUGAUUCAUCUAAGAAGUCAAUUACAAAGGAGAUCGGAAAAAGUAUACGUGCUCUCCAACAGUACGACAGAGUUCCGUAAUGCGUUCCUAAAGACGAUCCGACAGAUCAUCCGUGAGUCGGUGAGAAAUAUGAGCAUACCUUCAACAAAACAGAAUAUGGGUCAGGCGCCGAUGUCGAUGGCACCGCGAAUGUCGACUGGCCACGUGGAAAAGUUUAACAAACAACAGGCGCAAAACGGAAAUGGCAUAACGGGUACGCUUUCGAAAAAGGCGAUGAAGCAGCAACUGUUAUCCAGUUCGCAGAAGCGCAAAUAUAGUCACUCGAAGCAGCCAGUGGAACAUGAAAGCUCUGAGGAUAAGGAUCAAGAGGACGCGCCGGCUCCCCAGCAACAAACAUUCCGCUCCAGGAGCAAGACCAUAAGCGAUACUUCUGGCGAAGCGAAAGUCGAGAUGGAUUCGGGUACUAAGUCUGAAGGUGAGGAAGACUCGCAGGCUUUUUUAGGCGAGAAGAAGACGACUCUCGGCCGCACACCUAAUCAUCUGACGCUGAGCACUACGUCGACUAUCUCGGCAGGAAGUACUGGCAGCCAGGCUAGAUUGAUUCAGUCUUCCCAUCAGCCUGAGAAUUACCAACCUAUUACCGUUAAGGAACUUGGUUCGCCGAUCUGGAAGCCACGAGAACUACCCUCCCUGGGGGAGGCCACUACGUUGCCACGCAAGGGUAAGUCGGCCGGCGAGUUUGCGGACAUGAGCUCGAGCCACAGCGCCUCCCGAAAGUCUCUGAUAGAAAUCAACAAUUCUGCUCAACAACCUAACUUUAAUAAUCACGUUUAAGUUGGAUAAUAUCGAGGCUGACUCGCUAACGAUAAUACCGUUAAGUUCCGCCAUCAUUAAACGCGAUCGGCACCACCAUCACCACCACCACUACUACCAUUAUUACCACCAACGACAUCACCUAUCAUCCACCAAGCGUAAUUAUUCGACACAGAGAUAAUUAUUCGAUUAUUCCAAUUAUUACGAUAACGAUACAUGAGGCAUCUGCCGCCCACGUGGAAAUUCGCGAAGACUGCGCUUUCUCCCUCCACUCUCUUCCUCAUUUCGUCUUCCAGCAGGAAAUCCGUAUGUGCUUUGCGUGCAUGUGUACAACAUAAUCGAUUGUACCAUCGAUUUCGCACGGGAGUAAGCGAGAUGCUCGAUCGGGCUUCCACCUCGCUCUGGAGAAUUUUAUCGAAGUAUCUUUUCCUCCUUCGUCUUUUGACGGUCAACGUAUUUAAAUAGUUAAACAAUAAAUAAAACAAAAUAAAAACGGUAUUAAAGUUAAGAUAAAGAAUGUGUCAUUAAAUUAAGAUAAGAAUGCCCGAUUUAUGCUAAAUAAUUUUGAUUUUGACAAUCGUAACGCUGAUCCUAAAGUCGUAGAAGAUCGAGGCGAUGCUGAGCAGAUCGUUGACUCUGAAAACGAAUAAUCCGCGACGAAUACAUCAUUAAUGAAUAGUCGCUCUAGUUCUUCGUAAUCAAACGUCGAUCGCGAAAGACUGGAAUAAUAGAAUAAACAAUAAAAAAUCUUGAGUUUCAAGACGCUUAUUUUACUUAAUGAAUAGUUUAGGUCCAAUUUCUUUCAGACGUACAUUCUAUACACAUCGUUUCUUAUUAGUUUAAUUUUUCUGUUUUUAUUUCAGCCAAUGUUAUAAUUGCAACUGUAAUAUUUUUAAUCUUAAUAAGAAAACCCUAUAAAAGCGUGUAUCUUAAGUUGGACAAAGUAUAAAAUUUUGUUAUCCAUUUCUAUACGUAAAAAUUUGUUUAUAAAGACGAUUCCUUUCAUAUUGAUUUUUAUAUAAAUUAAACAAUAAAAUGCUUUCCACUCUGCAGCAAUCUAUACAUACAGAAAAGGGAGAAGCUCGAAGGCGAGAUUAAAUAAUCGAGGUUGUAAGCGCAACGUGCCUGAGAGACUUAAGAACAAUUGGUCAAACUGUCGCCUCUCAGAUGUCUCUAUUUCAUAGCACCCAUCGACAUAAGUUUAACAUUACUGGUUUUACGAGGCGUGAUUCGGUCGCCUCUUCGAGAGUCGCCAGUGAUCGAGGCUUCAUUCUUCGAUCCUGUCGCUCCUGUUUCCGCGUGGACGGCGGCGCAGAUGAUCCGGAAAGAUAAUCGACUCUGUAUAUAAUGUAAUGAUAUUUAUCGUCACACCGCGUCACUAUAAUUACACGUAACCGUGUUCGCGAUUGAAUGCUCGCGCGUAGGCGCGCUCGUUACGUUGUUUCCCAUCGUUCCACAAUCGCGCGUUCUCCCACACCCUCCCAUUUUUUUAUUAUUAUAUAAAACCGUCGUGAUGCGCGUCACACCAUUGACGAUCGCCGGAUGACGUGAGGACUGUGAGAGCAGAGAGAGAGAAAGAGAGAGAGACUAUAAGACCUGCAUUUGAAAAAAAAAAAGAAGAAAAGAGGAAGAAGAAACGAGAGAUCGAAAAAGCGAUUCGCGCGCGUAGUGAGUAAGUCUUAGCAGUUAAAGCGAAUUCAAUUACGAUAUGUAAAUAUAUAUUUGUAUAUAUACAAUAUAUAUAUAUACAUAUAUAUAUAUACGUACAC